CGGAGCAGCGAGAGUGAACUGUGCAUCGAGACCCCCAAGGCAUCUACCACUGAGGAAAAGGGCAAGAAGGCAGCCAAGGGCUGCCCCACAGGCAGCCGUGAUAGCCGGCCCCUGGACCUGCUGCACAAGAUGGAGUCCAAGAGCUCCGGCCAGCUCUCGUGGCUCUCUGUGUCCACGGAUGUGGCCCUGGGCUGCCGGACUAACAUAUUCCAGAUCCAGCGGGCGACAGGCCACAAACACACUGAGAAGCAUGCUGGCUGUGGCUCCACUGUCCACAUUCACCCCCAGGCUGCUCCUGUGGUGUGUCGACAUGUCCCGGAUACACUCAUCCAGUUAGCCAAGGUCUUCCCCAGUCACUUCACACGGCAGCGGACCAAAGAGAGGAAUUGUGACAGCGAUCGGGAGAGGAGCAACACACAGGCCUGUAGCCCCUGUCCCAGCCAGUCCACCAGCGGCAGUAUUUCCACUGACUUCUGGGACUCGUUGGUCAAACUGGACAAUGUGAACGUCAGCCGAAAAGGCAAAAACUCUGUCAAGUCAGUGCCUGUCAAUGUGGGCAGUGAGGGAGAGCCCUCUGUGUACAGCCUUGAAGCCUCUCACCUAGGGCAGCUCAUGAACACGCUGUCUCAUCCGGUCAUCCGCCGGAGCUCCCUCCUCACCAAGAAACUCCUGCUCCUCUUGUCCCUCAUCUCCAUUGCACUGCCUGAGAACAAAGCACCAGAGACUCUGGCCAACCCGGGCAGCAGCACCGGCACUCCUUCCGCUACCAUUGCCUCCUCAGCAAGUGGCACCUCCACCAAUACUGGACUUGCCACCCCAGGCCCCCUUACCCCCAGCCCCACCCCAGCUGGAGCCUCAGCCACUGCUGCCGUGGCAGCCACCCCAGCUGCUGUUGUUGCAACUACUGCUAAGAGCAGCAAAUCUCCAGAGAAGGCUGGCGAGGGAGGCAGUGGGAGCAGUAUAGAGAGCGAGAUGGCAGCAUCGGGCCUAACCGAAAAUCAGCUCCAGCUCUCUGUGGAGGUGCUGACCUCGCACUCGUGUUCAGAAGAAGGCCUGGAAGAUGCAGCCGAUGUUCUGCUACAACUUUCCAGGGGUGACCCAGCGACCCGAGACACUGUUCUUAAGCUGCUGUUAAAUGGAGCCAGGCAUCUGGGUUAUACCCUGUGCAAACAGAUUGGGACCCUCCUAGCCGAGCUUUGAGAAUACAAUUUGGAGCAGCAGCGGCAAGCCCAGUGUGAGAUCCUGUCUCCAGAUGGGCUGCCCAAAGAGCAACCGCAGGCUACCUGACUGAAAGGAAAGAUGCAGAGCAGGUUUGACACAGCUGAGAAUGUGGUGAUCGUGGCAUCUCAGAAGCGCCCACUGGGCGGUCGAGAGCUCCAACUGCCGUCCAUGUCCAUGCUGACGUCAAAAACGUCCACGCAGAAGUUCUUCCUGCGUGUGCUGCAGGUCAUCAUUCAGCUCCGAGAUGACACACGCAGGGCUAACAAGAAGGCCAAGUAGACAGGCAGGCUAGGCACCUCCAGCCUGGGCUCGGCUAGCAGCAUCCAGGCAGCUGUUCGGCAGCUGGAGGCUGAGGCUGAUGCCAUUAUACAAAUGGUACGUGAGGGUCAAAGGGCGCGGAGACAGCAGCAAGCAGCAACGUCGGAGUCCAGCCAGUCUGAGGUUGCUUCCCGGAGGGAUGAGUCUCCCAUGGAUGUGGACCAGCCAUCCCCUGCUUCUCGAGAUAUGCAGUCCAUUGGCUCUGAAGGAAGCCAACAGAGCGAGAAGGAGAAAGAAGAGAGACCCCCUGAUCUUCCCCUGCUUAGUGAGCAGCUGAGCCUAGAUGAACUCUGGGACAUGCUGGGCGAGUGUUUGAAGGAGCUCAAAGAAUCCCAUGAUCAACAUGCAGUGCUAGUGCUGCAGCCUGCUGUCGAAGCCUUCUUUCUGGUUCAUGCCACUGAACGGGAGAGUAAGCCACCUGUUGGGGACACGCGGGAAAGCCAGCUGGCUCACAUCAAGGAUGAGCCACUGCCACUCUCCCCUGCUCCUUUGACUCCUGCCACCCCCUCUUCCCUGGACCCCUUCUUCUCCCGAGAGCCCUCAUCUAUGCACAUUUCCUCCAGCCUGCCCCCAGACACACAGAAAUUUCUUCGGUUUGCAGAGACUCACCGCACUGUGCUAAAUCAGAUCCUACGCCAGUCCACCACCCAUCUCGCAGACGGGCCCUUUGCUGUCCUAGUGGACUACAUCCGCGUGCUCGACUUCGAUGUUAAGCGCAAGUAUUUCCGCCAAGAGCUAGAGCGUCUAGAUGAGGGACUCCAGAAAGAACACAUGGCUGUGCAUGUCCGCCGUGAUCAUGUGUUUGAAGACUCCUACCGCGAGCUGCAUCGAAAAUCCCCAGAGGAAAUGAAGAAUCGAUU